AUGGACAACUCAGUCCUUGUCUUUCUUGUUGGGGCAACUGCCCUAGUUCUGGGUUUGCUCACAAUCAUCCAUCGACUGUACGCCCAUCCGCUGGCAGGAUUCCCUGGUCCUAAGCUAGCAGCAGCCACGUUUCUCUACGAAUUCUACUAUGACGUUAUCAAGGGCGGCAUGUAUAUUUGGGAAAUAGAGCGCAUGCAUGAAAAAUAUGGUCCCAUCGUCCGCAUCAACCCCCGUGAAUUACACAUCAAAGAUCCAUCCUACUACGACAUCAUCCACGCUGGCUCGUCCCGUAAACGAGCCAAAGAUCCCAUGUAUGCCGUAGCCUUCGAGGCACCGAACUCUCUAGUCGGAACUGUCAAUCAUGACCAUCACCGUCUACGUCGAAGUUACUUGAGCAAUUACUUCUCAAAGCGGUCUAUAGCCAAUCUGACACCGUACAUUCAUCAGAAAGUGGAUCAAUUGGUCCACCGAUUCGAAAACGCUUACCGUCAAUCGACAGUCCUUCACUUACAGCUGGACUUCGCGGCCCUUACCGCAGACGUGAUCACGUAUUAUUGCUACGGCUGGAGCUACGGCUAUCUAGAUAACCCUAACAGCGCACAGAGCAAUGACCUCGUCGAUGCAGUCGCCGGGUUGAUGAACAUGUUCCAUAUUAACCGCUUCUUCCCUUUCCUGAUCACCGUCUUCCUAGCCGCCCCGCCGGCAGUCGUUCUCUGGAUACAACCGCAAAUGGCGAGCUUGUUCGACGUCAAAGCUAGAUUGCGCCAGCAAGCCCAGGAUGCUCUCCAUAAGAAGUCGGCUAAAAACUCCGAUUCGUCUACGGACGAUACUAUAUUCGACGCCUUGGUGAGUCCGAAUGUGCCGCCUCAUGAAAAAACGCUAGAUCGGUUAGAGGACGAAUCUGCGUUGCUACUCGGGGCCGGCACGGAAACUACUGCCCGGGCUAUUGCAGUGUCUAUGUUUCAUCUGACGAAUAAUAUGGAGAUGGUGUUGAAAUUGCGAGAGGAGUUGAGAACUGUGCUGAAGACUCCUCAGUCUAAGGCCUCAUGGACUGAUCUGGAGAAGCUGCCGUAUCUGACUGGUGCCGUUAACGAAGGUCUCCGUCUCAGUCAUGGCAUGACCGCUCGUCUAGCUAGGAUUUCACCUACUGAGCCUAUGUUCUACAAGAAUUGGGUUAUUCCAGCUGAGACUCCUGUCAGCCAGUCAAACUAUUUUGUACACAUGGACACGACUCUUUUCCCUGACCCUGAAAAGUUUGCUCCAGAGCGGUGGGUUCAUGCUGCAGAGAAAGGCGAGCAUCUUGGCCGAUUCAUUGUCGCAUUUACCAAGGGCAGUAGGCAGUGUUUGGGAAUCAAUCUUGCUUAUGCGGAAAUUUAUAUGACCCUGGCUCACAUUGUGCGGCGCUUUGACUUUGUACCUUUCGAGACUACCAUUGAGGACUUGGCCGUCUACCGUGAACAGGGCGUCGGCUUACCCAAAUCUGGGUACUUCGGGGUGAAAGCAAUCAUUACCGGUAUUGUGGAGGAUUAA